UGGGCAAAGCAGGGCUGCAGAAAGCAAACGAAACGCCGAGCCCAGCUCCCAGGAGCAGACGGUGUGCGAACGCAGCCCCCCCGCCCCCAGGUCUCUGCCCCCGCGCGGGGCCCGGGCAGUGCGGCUGGAGGGAGCGGCCGGAUGGAGCGGAGGAUGAAAGGCGGAUACUUGGACCAGCAAGUGCCCUACACCUUCUGCAGCAAAUCGCCCGGAAAUGGGAGCUUGCGCGAAGCGCUAAUGGUCCCGCAGGGGAAGCUCAUGGACCCGGGCUCCCUGCCGCCCCCCGACUCCGAAGAUCUCUUCCAGGAUCUAAGUCACUUCCAGGAGACGUGGCUGGCUGAAGCUCAGGUACCAGACAGCGAUGAGCAGUUUGUUCCUGAUUUCCAUUCAGAAAACUUAGCUUUCCACAGCCCCACCACCAGGAUCAAGAAGGAGCCCCAGAGUCCCCGCACCGACCCGGCCCUGUCCUGUAGCAGGAAGCUGCCCCUCCCCCACCACCAUGGCGAGCAGUGCCUUUAUUCCAGACAAAUCGCCAUCAAGUCCCCAGCCCCUGGUGCCCCCGGACAGUCGCCCCUGCAGCCCUUUCCCCGGGCAGAACAACGGAGUUUCCUGAGAUCCUCUGGCACCUCCCAGCCCCACCCUGGCCAUGGGUACCUCGGGGAGCAUGGCUCCCUCUUCCAGCAGCCCCUGGAUGUUUGCCACUCCUUCACAUCCUCUCAGGGAGGGGGCCGGGAGCCCCUCCCAGCCCCCUACCAACACCAGCUGUCGGAGCCUUGCCCCCCCUACCCCCAGCAGAGCUUCAAGCAGGAAUACCUUGACCCCCUGUAUGAACAGGCCGGCCAGCCAGCAGUGGGUCAGGGUGGAGUCAACGGGCACAGGUACCCAGGGGCAGGGGUGGUGAUCAAACAGGAGCAGACAGACUUCUCCUAUGAUUCAGGUAAGAGAUGCUCCUGGGAAGGGAGUGGAGGAGUUUGGGUGGGAUUGUUGGGUGGGUGGCAUGUGAUAAAGGGGUUCCAUGAAACCCAGAAUGUCUCCCCACAAGUUUUUUUUUUUUCCCUUUACCAGUUUCAGCCCACCCACCUACCACUUGCCAUAGAUUCAAAAGAACUGUCACUUUUCAAUCAGCAAACCAGUAUUCAGAUAAAAAAAAAUAAGUGGGAUAGUAGGGUUUUGCCCUCAGAUAGCUUGUGACUGGAUAGGAAAGUUAAGGCAUUUCUUCCUCUUCCUAUUUAGCAGGUGUUUGGAGUUUAAUUACCUAUUGAGAUAAAAAUACUGUGCCAGGAGGAUGAGUGUGUGCAGCUGGAGGACACAAAGAUGAAUAGGACAUGUCAUUGGUCCCUAUCCCCACAGAAGUUUAAAAAGUACAAAGGGAUUUGGAUGAGGAGAAACAUGAACUUGAAACUAGCCAGGCUCACGGUUCCCAGUUGGAAUGCAGGGUUCAUGUGUGGUGUCCACUUCCUGUUCGGGACUCACCAUCCUGACCAGAGCUGGGUACCAGAAAUACGGGCUGCUUUGGGGGGGUGGGGCAGGGAGGGGCCGCACCUACAGCAUACGGAGGUUCCCAGGCUAGGGGUCAAUUGGAGCUGCACCAUAGCCACAGCAACUGUGAUCAGAGCACUGUCUGUGACCUACACCACAGCUCAAGGCAACGCCAGAUCCUUAACCCACUGAACGAGGCCAGGGAUCGAACCCGCAUCUUCACGGUUACUAAUCCGGUUUGUUAAGGAUGAACCACAGGAGGAACUCUUGGACUGCUUUAAAUUCUAGUUCUAGUUCCACCUGGCUGUUGACCAGAGUGAGAUGCACGCAGCCGUGUUUGUAAACAGCUUAGCUCAAAGCCUGCAAGAGCCCAUGAAAAGGCCUAGAAAACCUUGGCUCCUGUUACAUUGUUACCAGCUCCAAAUUUGAGUUUAUCUGCAAAUUUGCAUGAGAAAAGAAUAAAUUCAGAGAUUAGUGUAGACUCAGCUUUUGAAUUUCCCUUUUCCUGGUGCCCUGUCUUUUGGGGUGGGGGGAAGUUGAGCCCCGAACAGUCAGACUGCCCCAGCGAGAACCAGAAGGGACCACCUCUCCUCUAGCCCGAGUCCUAAGCCUGAGCGGAGCCGGGCGGUGAGAUGGAGGAAGGAGGAGGGAGACGCUCUAGCCGCUGACCUUCAAAGGAUGUAGACCGGAGGAGAUCGUGUUACAAGCCCUUGAACUCCUGCCCCUCCCCCUUCAGCUUCCUCUGAAUGGAGUCAGGAAUUCCAUUCACAAAAUGGAGGCAUGAAUGAGCCCACCCUCCCGCCCCUCCCGGAGGUGUCAGGUUUCAGCAUCUCAUUCAUAGGUGGGCGUGGAGGAGGUAGGGCAGGAAGGGGCUGGCACUGAAACGGAUGGCCCCUCACCGCAGCCUCCUCCAGAUAGGGUGGGGAGGUGUCCGGGCCCGUGGCAUGGAAUGAAAUAGUGCGCUGUCUCUGCUCAGACCUGACAGCACACUGGCCGGAGUGCCCACUGCUGCCUCUUUCCACAGAGAGAGGCCUGCGGGUUCUCCCUCCGCCCCCCUCCCUUUCCUCCCUCCCUCCCUCCCAUCCUCCCUCACACCCGCACUGGGCUGAAACCUGCCCUGCUGACCGGACGUCAGCCCCAUUCCAAGGGAGUCUAAGGCUGGGACACUGAACUCUUUCCCCGGAGGUUCAUCGCUACCCCCUCUCCCCGCUAAACUCACAGGAAACAGCUGUUCCCUGGAAUCUUGGGCCUUGUGGAACAGCUUUGCCCAGCCCCAGCGGCUGCCAUAGGCUCUCUGGCCUGACCUGCAGGCUGAGGGCCUCGAGCUUCGCACUCCCCCUGGGUGAACUUCCCCUGGGAUUGGGUGUAGGCAGGUUGCUGGGAAAAGAACUGGAAGGGAGGCUGGCAGGAAGAAGUUCUUUGUGUGUGCAUGUAUGUGCGUGUGCAUGUGUUUUGUUUUGGUUUUUUUUGGCUGCCCUCCAUGUGUGGAAGUUCCCAGGCCAGGGACUGAACCCAUGCCACAGCAGUGACAACGCGGGAUCCUCAACUCGCAGCACCAGAGGAGAACUCCAGGAAGAAGUUCCUUGAAUGUGUGCAGGACUCCCGCCCCCGCCCCCGCCCCAGCCACCUUUCCUCUUUCUUCCUCCCUAGAUGUCCCUGGAUAUGCUUCAAUGUACCUCCACACAGAGGCUUUCUCCGGGCCCCCUCCCGGUGAGGGGACCAUGGGCUAUGGCUGUGAGAAACCCCUGCGACCGUUCCCAGAUGAUGUCUGCAUCGUCCCCGAGAAAUUUGAAGGUGACAUCAAGCAGGAAGGGGUGGGAGCCUUCCGAGAGGGACCACCCUACCAGCGUCGGGGUGCCUUGCAGCUGUGGCAGUUUCUGGUGGCCCUGCUGGAUGACCCGACAAAUGCCCACUUCAUUGCCUGGACCGGCCGGGGGAUGGAGUUCAAACUAAUUGAGCCUGAGGAGGUCGCCAGGCUCUGGGGCAUCCAGAAGAACCGGCCAGCUAUGAACUAUGACAAACUGAGCCGCUCACUCCGGUACUACUAUGAGAAAGGCAUCAUGCAGAAGGUGGCCGGCGAGCGUUACGUGUACAAGUUUGUGUGCGAGCCCGAGGCCCUCUUCUCUCUGGCUUUCCCGGACAAUCAGCGUCCAGCUCUCAAGGCCGAGUUUGACCGGCCAGUCAGUGAGGAGGACACAGUCCCUUUGUCCCACCUGGACGAGAGCCCCGCCUACCUCCCAGAGCUGGCUGGGCCUGCCCAGCCCUUUGGCCCCAAGGGUGGCUACUCUUACUAGCCCCCAGCAGCUGCUCCUCUGCGGCCAGCAGGUGCUGCCCUGUGUGUAUAUAAAGAUGAAUCUGGUGUCAGGGAAACCCCCACUCUGAAACCCACAGAUGUCUUUGGAGCAGAUCCCCUCUGCCCAUCAGUCACCCCGGCCCAGCCUCUGAGCUGCUCCCCAGGGUCGACAGGAAGGCAAAGUGGAGACACUUAUGGGUGUGAAGUUGGCAUCACGGAAGCUCUUCCAGGGGCUCCACUUCCGGCCUCUUCCUAGGUCCUGCCUAGAGGCCAAGCCCAACUCUCUCUUGCCCAUCACAGAGAACAAGUGUUUGUUCUGUUCUGGGGACAGAGGAGCUUCCCCCACUUCACCCUGGUGGAGAAGGGGGCACGGGGCUCCCCAGAUCCCCCGUGGUGGGGAGAGAGCAGCCUGCAUCCUGCACUCCGCUCCAGGCUGUGGCCCUGGAGGGUCCUGCUGGGUGGUUCUUGGUGCUCUGUGUUCCCAGAGGCGGGGGGAGGCCAAAGUGAGGAACCUGGGGUGGGGGAGAGGUUGCUGGGUGGAGGCAGGGAGGGCUGGGCUCUGCCUGGGGGCCCGCUGCCUCUCCUCUGCCUUUCCUAGGCCAGGCCUGGGAUUCCACCCCCACCUCCACUACACCUGCCAGACCUAAUAAAGGCCCCUGCUUCUCCUCUUA